AUGAAGGCCUUCCUUACCACCGCCAUGCUCUUCGGGGCUGCUAUCGCUCUUCCUGCUGACCUCACCAAGAAAAGCAACAACGAGGCAACGGUCGAAGCCGCCAACAGCUACACCGAAUUCGGCUGGGUCGGCAACGGGAAGCGUGGCAACCGAGACGCUACCGUCGAAGCUGCCAACGGCUAUACCGAGUUUGGCUGGGUGGGCAACGGAAAGCGCGAUGAGAAGGCUGCUACUGUUGAGGCUGCCAACGGGUAUACCGAGUUCGGUUGGGUAGGGAAUGGCAAGCGAGACACGGAAGAAGUCACGGUUGAGGCAGCCAAUGGAUAUACUGAGUUUGGCUGGGUUGGGAAUGGAAAGCAUGCCAAUGAGUAA